AAGGACUGACAUCCCACAAUGCAACGCGGCGCCACACUCUCCUCCUUCGUAUCCACACAUGCCUGCCAACAUUUUUUAAGUUUAAAGUAAUCCCGACCGCGUUUUAGUGUGUUUUUACUCACACCGUGCGACCAAAUGAAAGUUAAAGUCCUCUCGAGGAACCCGGACGAUUAUGUCCGGGAAACAAAGCUAGACAUUCAACGUGUCCCUAGGAAUUAUGACCCAGCACUGCAUCCUUUCGAGGUGAACAGAGAAUACAUCCGGGCUCUGAAUGCCACAAAGCUGGAGCGGGUGUUUGCCAAGCCAUUCCUGACAUCUCUGGAUGGACACAGAGAUGGUGUGAACUGCAUGGCCAAGCAUACCAAAAGCCUCUCUACUCUCCUGUCUGGUUCCUGUGAUGGAGAGGUGAAAAUGUGGGAUCUCACCAAGCGUGAAUGUGUCCGCACACUCCAAGCACAUGAAGGUUUUGUUCGGGGAAUAGUUGUCGGCUAUUGUGGAACUUUCUUCUAUACGACUGGUGAUGACAAAACAAUCAAGAAAUGGAAAAUGGAGGCUCCAGGUUAUGGAGAGGAAGAAGAACCACUCAACACUAUUUUAGGCAAGACUGUGUUCACAGGACUAGACCAUCACCGGAAGGACGGUGUGUUUGCAACGUGUGGCCAGCAGGUGGACAUCUGGGAUGAGCAAAGGAGUACUCCAAUUCGUUCUUUCACGUGGGGUGUUGACAGCUUUAGCUGUAUCCGCUUCAACCCAGUGGAGACAGAACUUCUUGCAAGCUGUGCCUCUGACAGAAGUAUAGUCCUGUAUGACAUGAGAGAAUCUGCACCUCUCAAAAAGGUUAUUAUGACAAUGAGAAGUAACACAUUAUGCUGGAACCCUAUGGAAGCGUAUCACUUCACCUGUUCAAAUGAGGACUAUAACCUCUACACAUAUGACAUGAGGUAUCUGAAACGGCCAGUCACAGUGCACAUGGACCAUGUGUCUGCAGUGCUGGAUGUUGACUACUCCCCCACUGGGAAGGAGUUUGUAUCUGCCAGUUUCGACAAGACCAUACGCAUCUUUCUCAAGGAUGGUGGCCACAGUAGGGAGGUUUACCACACAAAACGCAUGCAGCACGUCAUCUGCGUAAAGUGGUCGGCCGACAACAAGUACAUCCUAAGCGGAUCUGACGAAAUGAACAUCCGCCUGUGGAAAGCCAACGCAGCAGAGAAACUAGGAGUGCUGGCCCCUAGAGAAAGGCGAGCCACUAACUACAGUCAGAAGUUGAAGGAGAAGUACCAGCACCACCCUCAGGUCCGACGCAUUGCCCGCCACCGACAUCUACCCAAGAACAUCCACCACCAGAGCAAAGAGCUGCGGGUUAUGAGAGAGUCUCGCCAAAGGAAGGAGAGGAACGUCCUCAUCCACAGCAAACCAGGCAGUGUUCCUUUCGUGUCUGAGAGGGAGAAGCAUGUGGUCACUGUGGUGAAAUAAAGACAACUGGAGAAGAGUAGAAGACCCAGGGAGAUGAGGUGGUGCUUCAGAUCACACCAGUUUGGACCUUUUUCACAAAACCCAAUCUUGAGAAUUAAAAAAAAACAUAUUACAAAUUAUAUACAACUUGUUAAUUGUGGGACAGUGGACAUUCAUGUUUAAUUUCAAGGACACUGACUACAACCAUACAUAAAUCAAGAACAAUAGAGAAGUAAUGCUCUUUAAUGGGUUUUAAUCACGUGUGCCAUAAAGUAGGACAUAAUAAACUGAACAUUCUUUCCCAUGGUACCAUAAUCUCCAGCACACUUUUUUUUUUUUUUUAUUGAAUGACGUUCAAGAAAUGCUCAACUGUUUUGUUACCAAAACUGAUGCUUAAAACAAAGGUGUUAUGAUGUGCUGACUGAUGGCAAAAUUUAGGUCUGGUCUGAACAAGCUCACAGCCUCCUCAUCCUCCUCUUCCUCCUGGUUGCAACACUUUUCAAUUUUCAACACAUCCGUUUUUGACGAACUCUCACCCAAUUUAUACACUCUGUCACAAACGUUGUCCACGCUGGAUGAUCGUACGGAAUCUUCAAGGAACAUUUUGGAAAUGCGCGGGUUGAUUUUCAUAAAUACGUAGUUUCAUUAUUGUUCAUCCAUUAACUGUUGAACAAAGGCAAAGCCACUUGUUUACGAGCGAACAUUUACUUCUCAGUCUUAUAUUAUAUUUCAUCUUAAAAUCUGUAUGUACAGGACUGAUGUGUGUUUAUAAUAAACGUGUUUGUUGUGGGAAAAUUAA